AAUGGUCUGAUAGGAGUUCAGACUUGGCCCCUGCUUCAGGUUCAGCUGCACAUAAAAAGCAGCAGCAGGUGACGUCUGCAUCUGCAGAUCUGGUCUCAGCACUCGGACCUGCAGUUUCUCCUGGUAACGCAGCAAAAUGUACGGACACAACCAAGGCCCACCUGGUUACCCGAACUAUCCUCCGCAGGGGGGUUGUCCUCCGCAGGGGGGUUACCCUCCACAGGGGGGUUACCCUCCACAGGGGGGUUACCCUCCACAGGGGGGUUACCCUCCACAGGGUUAUCCUCCAGGGACUGUCCCACCAACCUGUCCUCCUCAGCACCAUGGGCCACAUGGAGGACACGGACAUGGGCACGGACCUGGUUCUGGUUGUUGUCAAGGCCAAGGAUCCUGCCAAGGGCACGGACAUGGACACGGACAUGGACACGGACAUGGACACAAGGACAAGAAAAAGGACAAGAAAAAGGACAAGAAGGACAAACAUAAGCACAAGCACGGUCACAAGCAUGGCCACUGUCACAAGAAAGGAAAGGACAGCCACGGGUCUUCCAGCAGCUCCUGCAGCAGCGACUCCGACUAGAUGGACAAAACCCGGAAACCUUCAAGCUCCUGUUUUAUCAUUUUGAGCUUUGACACAGUUUUGCUUAAAAAAAAUCAGU